AUGAUUUAUUGUUAUUUCUUGCUGACUUUGCUUCAAAUUAUUGCUGCAGAAGAGUCGUCAAAGUCAGAAAUGAUGGCAAAUGAAACAAGUGUCAUUGAAGAUUUACAAGAGCCAAAACCUUGUGUAAAUUGUGGUCUAGCUCGUGGACAAAAUCAAUGCUGCGCUUGUUGUAUGCCAGCUUGUAAACCGAGAUGUGUUCGACGAGGAGGUUGCCAUUCUUGUCGCUUGGAAAACAAUGACUAUUACGAUGACUACCAGUCGGGUCCUUAUAUUCCGUAUCGAUACGGAGUGAGUCGGAAUCGUUUCCUUGGAUUGACAACUGGUGGUUUUCCGAUGUACGGC